UAAAAAUUAAUUUAAAAAAAAUGAAAUCUACAACUUUUCAAUUUAUUUUUCUUUUAAUUAUUGGUAUUCAAUUAAUUUGUACUCUUAAUAAUGUGGAUGGAGCUAAUGAACAGAAAAUAAAUGUUGACAAAAUGAAGGAAAAGAAUAAUGGUGAUGGAGGGGGGUUAUUAAAUGAAGACUAUACUGAACCCAAGCAAAACCCACCAACUCAUACUCAUUAAAUAUGAAGUUUGGAAAUAUUAAGAUAUAUUCAAAAAAGUGUGAUGAAA